GACUGGGAUGUUUCACAUUAUUAUGAGCUUAAUGAUUUUGUCUGGAAACGUCAGCCUUAGAAAUGGAAUAACUAUUGUCAGUAGUUCCAGCCGUCUGGAAAAACCGGAAGUCCAUAUUAAAUGUAUGGCGAGAGUCAAACCAUUGGCUAUGAACGUAAAAGUGCAAGGAUGAGUCAGUCGGAAGUGUUUCGUCCGUCGAACGGCGACCUGAUAGUGCGAGACCCUGUCUCUAACGGACACUCCGUGAAUAUGGACUACCUCCAGCGGCGGCCCAGUACACAGGGGGGUUACCGGUUCGGUCAACUCAGUCACAACUCUUUCUUCACCAGACACAACCCACAUCCAGUCAGAGUGAGGCAUAUGAAAGGUCUGUUGGAUAUACCGAUAUGCACUGUAAACGACGACGGCUAUUUCGCCAACCCUCGCUACAGCCUCAACUUCCCACCCGACAGUUACAGCGAGCGGAGGUUGUCGGCGUUCAACAAGACCCCCCGCAUGCCCAUCAACGCCAUCAACGUCAACUCACAGCUGCACCCCAUCAACACGAUCACGGGGUUGCAGUAUUUCACCGGGCUCAACAGCUACCCCUUCAGGGAGAAGGCUAUACCCAAAGUCGGGCUUGUUCCAGUUACUGAAAGUUGGCGAGAUGAACUUAAAGCAUUCACUCAGCAGUUGCAGGAGGAAGAUGCUGAUCGGAGACGCGAGGAGAAACCCGAAGAACGGCCACGAACCACGCAGUAUUCGACGGCGACGGGUCGGCUGAUUCCGCCACCGUCUCGGGCCAUGUCACGUGCAGGAUCCCGAAGAGGUGCUCGGCCAAUGAACAUGUUCCAACAUAUCGCUGCCGAACCAGAUGUGGAAAACUCGGUGUUCGCCAUGCUGUGUCAGAUUCUACAGACGGAUGACGUGAACGCUGUUCAAGCCUGGCUGUGUUCGGCAUCACCUAGCGAAAAGGCCAUGGUUCAGGACCUGAUUAAGGCGGCUAUGUCCGGUCGAGAGGAAUACUGGAAGCAGUACCCAGCCGAGUACGUGGACGAUAAGAUGACGAAACUGCCGCCUAUCAGCGAGAAAAUGCCGCCAACACUCGGCAGGAACGACGACACGGACAGCACGGGCAACAGAAUACAGGAGAGACUCAUUCUGGACGAAUUGAUCAACCGACCGGCUGAUGGUUUAGAUCCAGCAAUACCCGUUCCGCCCCCUACUCAGCCGCAAAUUCCCAUGAAACCUAACACACCAAAACCUAUGAUCGAGGACAAUGAAUUCAACAUCGAACCACCGUCGAAUACUGUUUUCAAGACCGAUAUAAAGAGACCGCCGACCCAGUCGUCGAAGGUUCUAGCACCCCAAAGAAGCGACCAUUCUCCCCCUGGCACCGCGGACGUGCGACUCAAGUACACCAAGUCCCCAUUGAGAGACACGAACCUACAGGACGCGGUGUGGCAACAGAGCGACUCAAUUAACAUGAACACAUUCUAACCAAACAGUCAUAAGAUAACAUGCAGUAACACACGUAUAUAAAACAGGCACGGCGGAAGCAAGUAGACAUUGGGGGAUGGGGGAGGGGGCUGACUGAGAUCGAGGUCGCAAAGCAAAAUUUCUGAGGGGUUCGGGUGUAUGUUCCACUGUAACAUUUUGAUAACUAGAUGUCCUGAAAUGCAAUUUCCUGCAUUAUAUAAGUAAAAUGCAUCUCUGUCUUAAGAUUUACCACUAAUAAUACUUUUUAUUCAGAAUGAUUGGAGCCCCCACCCCAGCCCCCCUGCUUCACCGUGCCUGUAAAAGGCACGUAUAUAAAAAGGACAUUUUGAAGGUUACUCAAAUCCCAUGAUAUGUGUGUAUUUAAGUAUGUGCAUCUGGAGUUGAAUAGAACGUCCACCAAUGCACCAAGGUCAUAUUGGCGCCAUCGGGAAUUGUUGAUGGAUUUUUUUUUUAAUGAACUAUAUAGUAACAUGUAUGGCUUGUUUCUUUUUCAAAACAAAUAGCUGCAAAAAAUAAAACACAUUGCCGAAAGUGGAUUAAUUCGUAAUCAGGUAUUGUCAUCAAAUUACUGCACUAUUUGUACAGUCUACUUAUUGUGUGCAUUGAGGAAUUUCGACAAACUAAAAUUAAUACGCUUCAAAUAAAAUGUACAACAUAUUACUUCAUUCAUCCACUCCGGACAGGAUCUCUGGCGCAAAUCAGACACUAUGCCCAAGGCGAACGUGCCUGAAUCGUAAAGAGUAUCCAUUAAUUCAUCCAUCUAUCCAUCCAUCCACCUCAUACAUCCGAUGUUGGGCCUUAUAAAAGUGUGUGUCAAUGGGAACAUGUCAACAAAACAUUUAUGUAGGUAGAUCUGCUUUUUUCUUCUUCUUCUUUUCUUUUUCUUUUUAUUUUUGUGUUGUUUUUUAUUUGGGGGUGGGGGGAGACUACAAUCACCCCUGAAAUAUUAUGUACAUGUAUUCCUUUAACUUGCAUAUUAAGUUUUUAAAAAUCGAAAACGAAAAUUAGGGUCGGCCCUUUUUACUAGACAGGGUCAAGAUCCCGGAAACAUACAAUUUUUAGGCCUUAAAUACCGGAGAAUCCAUAAAUGUCUUCACACCAACUAUAUAUUGUAUGGCUGUUUUAGCGUGCUUAACGAAAAGUGAAUUCUGAAUACGCAUCGUCAUUAACAUAUUUUUAUGUUAAAUACAGACAGACAUAAACGAGGAUUAUUAAAGAUAAGCACAAGCUUGAGCACGGUCACUCACACGCGAGUGUAUAAUUAAUGGUAGUCAAAACUCUGUUUUAAAUUGAAUUGUCUUGUCUCCAUCAAGCGCAUAGGAGUAAUAUGUUAAGUGUAGUGAGAGUACAACAACCACUGGCGUAGCCAAGAUUUUAUAUUGGGGGGCCAACCCACUAUUGGGGGGGGGGGGUCCAAUCCACACUAUGUAUGUAUGUAUGUAUGUAUGAUUUUAUAAAAUUUAAUAGUUUAAAAAAAAAUUUAAAGGUUUGAUUGGGGGGGGGGGGGCAUUGCCCCCGUGCCACUCUCGCAACGCCACUGUAAACACCAUUUUAUAUAUAACGACCAAAAAAAAAAUCAGACCUCGCUGUUUAAGGGAAGUUAUCACUGGCAUGCGAAUUUUAAAACAAUAGAAGGCCUACUACAACAGGAUUAAAUAUCAAUGUUCAGUAUGGUAACAUCUUAAAUGGUUCCUCAUAAUGUACGUUAGUGGAGCAAUUAACCACUUCCUGCAAUUAUUUUCACGGCGACAUCUCAUAUCUCCCAUUUUGAGAUAACAACUCACUAAACUGUCCCAGGUUGGACUUCUUGGCCAAGCAAGUGACUAAAAUAUUUUUUUUCUUCAAAACAUUAUGCUUAGCCUAUGUCAAGAUGUCACAAUUGGAUCAAUGUGGUCAUGAAAAUAAGUUAUAAAAGUUUCUGAUGAAGUCGGAGCUCAUGCCCAAAAGGGCUGUGACUGAAUAUUUAAUGGCAGUAUUGUCAACUUAGUUCAGUUCAUAUUUACACUGUUAAUGCAGAAAAUAUUGUCAUCUGCGCAAGAAAAUAACGUUAUAGUUCUUAAUAGCAUGCUCAUGUUUAUAGGUGUUCCUUUAAGUGUUCCAUUUUACUUAUUGUUGUUUUGUUUUUGUUUAAUACUGGCUUCUGAUAUGGGGACCUAAUGAUGAAGAAUCUAUAAAAUAAUUUAUAAAAUUUUAUUUAAAAACAAAAAGUCCAAGUUUUUACACCAUGAUAUUUCUUGCAGGAGAACUAUUUUAAUACAGUCAGGUGGUUAAUUUAAUAGUAUUUCAGAUUAAUUCUUUGAUAAGUAUAUUCUAAUUAAAUUUGCUCUGUAAUACGCCAACAAGGAGAUUAUUAAUCAUGACAACAAAAUUCAGUUUGGAACGUCUCGGCCGAAUUCGCUAAUCAAACCUUAGACCAAAGACAGACGUCACAGAUAAUAUUAUAUGGAGUCCGGGUAGGUCUAGACAUCUGUUUUUGAUACAUCUAGAUCUAACGAGACUAAACCAACAAUAUCUAGUUCACAAUGUAAAAUGAAUGAAUGAAUGAAUGAAUGAAUGUUUAACGACACCCCAGCACGAAAAAUACAUCGGCUAUUGGGUGUCAAACUAUGGUAAUGCAAAUAAAUAAAGUGAUGAUCAACAUCAAUAU